AUGUGACUGACAUGUAACUGCGACACUAUUAAAAGUAAUCUGUGUACUUUAUGAAAUGCGGCGCGGUGCGAACGACGAAAGAUUCCGAACCGCCGCGCCGCGCCGCCGCCCGCGCCCGUCCAUCGCCCGUCCGUUCGUUUCUUUAUCAAAUGUCAAUGUCAAGCAAAUUAGCAAAUUGACUUUGACAAUUAAUUUUUAUCAUCAAUUCUAUCAAGAAUCAAAUCAUUGUUAUCAAAGCGAGUGCUCAAGAUGUAAAGUUAGAGAUAAGAGUGUUUGAAUAAGCGUUUUCUAUAAGUACCCACUUCUGUGUAGCUCCAUGUAUAAUGUCACUAAACUAUGCUUUUACUUUCUCUCUUUUUCUUAUCAUAUUAGUGGUGCUUAACCUAUACUUUUUCUACACUUUAAAUGGUGUAAAUAAAAAGCCCACCUAUUUUAACUUACCAAAACUAAGAUCACACCCACUGCCUGAUGUCUUUACUGAGAUUUUUGAAUAUCUCAAUUAUUUACCCAGUAAAUAUAAGAGUAGGAACAAUAAGUUUAACUUAAUAAGAUCAAAUCUAAUUAGUUCAUUUAAUUCUUCUGUUAGUAAAAAUAAUGUUUGGGACAUCACAGAUAAUUGGAUAAAUGAGGCAUCUUUAUUCCCACACAAAGAUGGGCUGCCAGGACAAAUUAUUCAAGCCUUGCGCCAAGGUGAAAUAGCCCUUGUAGACAAUGCACCCAAGGGAACGCAAUUAAAACUACUGCUACUUUUAAAGGAUAAAAGAAAAAUAUUUUUUAAGCCGAAGAGAUAUAAUUUAGACGAUAUAAUCCAUGGUACUAUAUACUCAGGAUUUGACAGACACAACUCAGAGGUUUUUGCUUAUUACUUGGCCAUGGCUUUAAACUUUACAUGGGUAGCGCCAGCCGCCAUACGGCGGAUUCAUGUUGAGAGAGACGUGGUCCCAGUCGCUACUCCUGGAUUGAAGAGGACUAUGUUGAGAAAUGGAAGUUCCUUAUGCAUUUACGGCAAAUGCUUUUACUGCAAAUCAAAUGAAACAGUAUGCCCUGAUAAAAAGGGUGAACUUGAAGGAGCUGUUAUAUUAUAUUUAGACAAACAUUUUAGGCAGUACAAAUAUCCAUGGAAGAGGUCCUACAAUACUAAAGUACAAAUGGAAUGGGAACGGAAUAAUGACUUUUGUAAGAAAGUCAUUCUAACUCUAAGUACAAGAAGGUUGCUGAAUCUGAUAGAUGUGUCCAUUUUCGACUUCUUAUUGCAAAAUGGAGAUAGACACGACUAUGAGGUGUAUAGAGACAAAGUGAUCCUGUUGGACAAUGGUAAAGGACUGGGCAACCCUACUGCAGAUGAGCUAGAUAUACUGGCGCCUUUAUAUCAGUGCUGUAUGCUCUCUUCAUCAACUUGGCAGUAUCUCGAGCUGUUAGCCGGGGGCAGCCUCACAGAUGUGAUAAAAAUAAUGGCGGCAUUCCAAGGCGAGACGUUGGCUACCGAAGAUCAUUAUAGAGCAGUGGAACGGAGGUUACUGAAAGUUUACGCAACUGUCCAAUAUUGCAUAGGCAAGCAUGGCAGUGCAAAAGUAAUAAAACUUGGCUUCUGAUAUA